AACCUAAAAAAAAACUAGACAACAGAACCAUUAUUAUUGACACGGAUUACUGCAUCUCCACGAACCUUUAUGAUUCUAAACACCACAGAGACAGCCAAUUAAUUGGGAUGGAAACUUCGCAAGUAAAGUAUGGCUGGGGUUCCUUCCGACCAAAGCUUCUUCAAAGACUCAACAGUCCGAAAUGGUUUCUAUUUUUCGUGACUUCCGCUUCACUUCUCUCAGGUAUAGUACAAAUAGGCAUUCGUGUUAUUAUUCUGCCAUCCAUUGAACGGCGCUACCAUCUUUCUAGUAAAGAAAUAGGAGCUUUGUCAGCCGUGGGGAAUAUUGCAGGACUUGUAGCAACUAUACUAACAAGUUAUAUAGGAGGGUACGGUAACAAGGCAAAAUGGAUAGGCUGUGGACUUUUUGUGAAAGGUCUUGGAUGUCUUCUCGCUUCCUUGCCACACUUCCUUACCGGCCCGUACCGACCUCAAAACCUGGCGCUUGUUUUCCAGGAACAAGAGCUGUGUUCCACUAACAGGACACUACCAUCUGAUGGUUUUUGUCCAAGUCAAGAAGAUGGUGCAGGAUGGUACUACGUCAUGAUAUUCAUGUUUGGCGAGGUGUUGAUUAUGUCAGGGGGUGCUCCUACUGUCCCAUUAGGGCAUUCUUAUAUGGAUGAAAAUGUUCAUCCCAAGCAGUUUCCUAUCUAUCUUGGGAUAUUCUUGACGUUGACUGCUCUUGGUGUUGGUAUUGGGCAGAUGAUCGGUGGAUUUCUGCUUAGUACUUACGUAGAUAUUGAUUUGCCAGUAGGACUAGAAGACAUGAAGCCUGAUGACCCACGAUGGGUGGGAGCCUGGUGGCUGGGGUACUUCGUGGGUGGCUGGAUAACCCUUCUUAUUUCACUGGCGAUCAGUGGAUUCACUUCCUCAAUACCAGGCACCAGAGAACUUCGAGAGGACAUGAUCCUAAAAGGUGAAAUACCAAAGAGAGAUGAAAUCCAAGGCACUGCAAGUGAAUUCCUUCCUUCCACGAAGAGGCUUCUUAGGAAUCCCACUUUUAUGUUCAAUAGUCUUGCUGUUCUUAUCGGGAUGUUCUUUCUUAGUGGAGCUGCGCCUUUCUUGUUUAAAUAUGUGCAGUUGAAGUUUGGGAUUUCGCCUAUGACGGUAACUAGUGGUAUUGGAGUGCCUAGUGUUGUCCUGACAUUAGGGGGAAUCAUAGUAGGCAGUUUUCUUGUACGUCACCUCCACCUCACCGAGAUGUGUCAACGCUCUGCCAAGAUGUGUUUCAUACUUUCAUCCAUCGCUUUACUUUCUUUACCGGCAUUUUACAUCCCCGGCUGCCGGACCCUGGACUUUGCCGGGGUCAAUGUUCCCUAUCAUAACAGCUCUACAGUAGGUUUUAGUCUUCAAUCUUAUUGUAAUCAAAACUGUAGCUGUGCUCGGUUGAAUUACAAUCCUGUGUGUGGAAUAGAUGAUAUCACCUAUUACAGCCCGUGUCAGGCUGGAUGUACAGACAGAACUGGAUCAAAGGGGUAUACCAAUUGCUCAUGUAUUCAAGUACCCAAUAGUACCCCCAAGAGUGUGGUACAAGCGACAGAAGGAUUCUGUGACAGGAAGUGCCAGAACUUCGUUGUCUUUAUGAUUACGAUAUGCAUUGGUUUACUUUCCUUUGGGCUCGCUAUAACACCCGUCAGAACCGUCUUAAUAAGAUGUGUCCCCGAGAAUCAACGUGCCUACGCCAUGGGUUUCCAAGUCACUAUACUCAAAGUGUUCGCGUUUUUGCCAGCUCCAGUGGUCUUUGGUUCUUACUUUGAUAGUAAAUGUAUUCUUUGGGAAGACAGUUGUGGUAGUAAGGGCAGUUGUUUGUACUACGAUAAGGCUGCUCUAGAUUUAUGGUUACAAGUUUUUUCUACAGUUUCGUUAGUUUUAGGCGCGGUUUUCUUCUAUUUUUCUUGGAGAUUCUACAAACCUCCGCCGACAGAAAAGAACCAUGAUGGAGAAAAUACAGAGGAAAUAUUCUUAUCAACAAGAGAAGAAAUAUUUAUAGAUAAUACUGAAUAAGAUAGAUUAUAUUUGUAAGAUAUGGUGAAACUAUGCAGGCUUAACUGCAAGGCCGGGGUAGUACUUCAUAACUCUUCACGCUUGUAGUCCGUGUAUCAUACAGACAUGCAUAAUAGAAGCAAAUGAAUGUAUCCRGUAAUCAUAUGACGAUAAUAUAUAUGACGUUCCUGCCCGUUGAACGGUAAUAUUGUGAACAUUUUSGUAGAAAAAAAAUUUGAUAAUUGAUAACUCAUUCUGGAAAAUUUUGGCACUGAUCAUGCCAGAGUUUUUGAGCUGUCAAACUCAGAACAUGGUCUUUUUUGAUAUUCAUACUCGAGAUAUUACUUUUUACCUUUUUAUAGCUCCUGUAACUUCCACGAAUCACGUCUGGCCUUCUAGCAAUGAUGGUUUGACAGACCCUCUGCUAAGACUAUCCGCCUCUAAAUUUAAAAGAAGGCUAGUGGCGUAGCAACAUCGUGGUGCGUAGGAUUGUGGAAGUGGAGCGGGUCAAGGAAUUUGUGUGUGUGUGUGGGGGAGGGGGUGUCCUAAAUGAAGUAUUAUGCAUCGUAAAUGUUUCUUUUGCUUCAAAAAAGCGUAAGAGUAAUUACGGUGUUAGGGGGGUGUCCGAUGCACUGCAGUACACCCCCUGGAUCCGCCCCUGGAGUAGGGACGAGUUUAGCUAAAGCUCCACGCGCCCAUGAUCCACAAUCCUUUGUAACACGAGGUGACAACUAUGUAAAUCAGUGUCGAAGUCAUAUUUGUAUGAAUUUUUUUAAAUAUUUUGUAAAUUAUAGUUGGAAACGAUGCCCAGUCUUGAAAAUAAAUUUAUAAAACGUA